GUGAGUUCGGAUUCAUAAUUUAAUUAUUAAAAUUGGAUGUUCGAAGUCAAUCUUCUCUUGCUUCCAAGCAAUCGAACGAUUACAAAGAUGUCGUUCUGUGGAAUCGUGGCAGAUCACUAGACUUCAGGGUACCUCAAUUUAUUUAUCAUCGCAUCCACAUGCUACACCCCCCUCAGCUUCAGCCUUGAUUGCGGGGCUCAAGGUCCUGCAAUUAAUCAAUCUAGCACUACAACAGUGCCCGGUCUGAGUCAUUGACCGCCUGAGCUUUGACUUGUUUUAUUAUCAUCAAUGCCCCAAGAUAUUGAUAAAUACACCAUGGUUUUUCUUUCUUGAAAUUUCUCUUCUUGAAAAUUUUCGUUACUGUUGGCCCCGCUCUCGACGCGUUUUCAACGAUGAAUUCCCUACCUGAUGAGAUUGUCAGCAUUAUUAUCACCAAUUCUACAGCCCACGAACUCACUCAGCUAUCCCAAACUUGCAAAAGAAUCAAUAGACUUGCUCAACCACUAUUAUGGACCAAUAUCGAACUCCAUCAUCAUACCUUCCACGAGGCUUGCGACUCGAAACAGCCUUCCCCCAUGAUAUCUGCAUCGGAACGAUUCUACUACUGGGAUACUAAAUACUCGGGACAAUGGAAGGCAGAAAAAUUCUUCAAAGUGUUGCAGGAUCUGUCAUCUGAGGACAUCGGCCGGUUGAAACAACUGUGUUCGCUAGUUGAGUCUAUCUGCACGGUUGUUCGGUCCAAGAUAGACUUCUGGCAGAUUUUACCCUAUUUUACUAACGUCAAGGCUUUUGAGCUAUAUGGCGACUCCUCCUACUUCGAUCAGAAUGAACACAGAUCCUUCUGCCCAUCUGCUCCUCCACCCUCGAAGCUCCGUUAUGUAAAGCUCGAUGGCUCGAUACCAACACCCGUCGCCGCAUGGAUAUUGGAGUCUUGCUCAACCGUCGAACGACUGGAGCUCAGAUUACUUGACCAACCGAUAGGAUCAAGAGCAACGAUGGAGGAAGAUUUUCCACGCUUUCCCGAAGAUAUCUACAGUCCACCUGAGGAUCCCACGUAUGGUAGACUAUGGGGAUGGGCUGUUAUACCCCGACCCUUGUCCGGCUUUUUGCCUCUCCAGGAAGAUAAAGGAUUGCUUAAGUUGCCUAAGGUACGACACUUGCAUCUUUGCCAACCAUCUCAGAGCAACCUAUCUGCAAGGAUGGUUAGCUAUUUCUGGUCGACAACUUCUGAGGCAGCCGCUCAUAAAGAUUGGGAGAGAAUUCUCCAGGCCUCAAGCGAAACUCUCGAGACAUUGGCCAUAGAACAACAAAUUGGCAUCGAGCAUGGUGACGGAGCUAUAUUCGACGCAGAUGAAUUUUUCCGAGAUGAUCAAGAUGGUCUCGGUAGCAAAAGAGUGGUAGACAUGCUUGAAAAGGUGUUGACAGAGACGAAAUUUCCUGCAUUGAAGCGCGUUUACUUGAAAGGGAUUGUUGUUGGGUCGAAGAAUCGCGGCGAACCCAUAGGGGAUGUCCCUGGAGGUCGGCUCAUGAGGUUACUUGAAAGAAUGAGGGUUGUUUGCGAGGCGAGGCUUGGGGAAGGGUAUUGGUUUCAUGGCGAUGAUGGUAUGGGACCGCCCGCUCAGUGGGAAGCGCACGAUGACAAUUGGGACGAGGAGGAACUUUUAGCAAGGGUUGGUGGUUAUCUGUGAGAGUAGGGUCUUAUUCAGAUAGAAGAUCGACCUGCUGGAAAGGCGGUGCACUGAUAGUCGUUUCGAUGCAAACAAUCGCAUCAUCAAUGUAUCAACGUACCAUUGACUCCUCUUCGCUGCGUCGGCGAAUCUUGCUGCCCAGGGUCAUUUUUAGGGAGUUCAUGCCAUACCUUAUGGGGCUAGUGUUAUAGUAUCCAUGUCGACCAAGUUCUGGAAGCUCAGGUGAGCAUCGUGAUGAG